AUGACCUUCCCUUUCCCAGCUAUUCUUCACAUGGUCGUCAUGACAGCAGAGUUCCUCAUAGGGACCACAGUGAAUGGAUUCCUCAUCGUGGUGAACUGCUAUGACUUGAUCAAGAGCAGAAAGCUCCUGAUACUGCCUAUCCUCUUGAUAUGCACAGGACUGUCCAGACUGGGGCUUCAGAUGAUGCUGAUGACACAGAGUUUCUUCUCUGUGUUCUUCCCAUUUGCAUAUGAGGAAAAUAUUUAUGGUUCAAAUAUGAUGUUCAUUUGGAUGUUCUUCAGCUCGACUGGCCUCUGGUUUGCCACCUGUCUUUCUGUCUUUUACUGCCUCAAGAUUUCAGGCUUUACUCAGCCAUGGUUUCUUUGGCUGAAAUUCAGGAUUUCAAAGCUCAUGUUUUGGCUCCUUCUGAGCAGCUUGCUGGCCUCUUUGGGGACUGCAACUGUGAGUAUCGAGGUAGGAUUCCCUUUAAUUGAGGAUGGGUAUGUCCUGAGAAACACAAAUCUAAACAUUAGUGAUGUCAAGUUAAUGAAAAAUAAUGACUUGCUCCUCAUUAACCUGGCCUUACUGCUUCCCCUCACCGUGUUUGUGAAGUGCACCUCCAUGUUAUUCAUCUCUCUUUACAAGCACACCUACCGGAUGCAAGGCGGAUCUCACAAGCUGUCAAAUGCCAGAGCAGAAGCCCACAUAAACGCAUUAAAAACAGUGACGACUUUCUUUUGUUUUUUUGUUUCUUACUUUGCUGCCUUCAUGGCAAAUAUGACAUUUAGGGUCCCGUACAGAAGCCAUCAGUUCUUUGUGGUGAAGGAAGUCAUGGCAGCAUACCCAGCUGGCCAUUCAGUCAUAAUCAUCUUGAGUAAUUCUAAGUUCAAAGACUUAUUCGGGAGAGUGAUCUGCCUGAAGAAGAGAGAAGGAGGCAAUGAACUUUCAGGCCUUUCUAAUGUCUGUGUUGAGGCAGAAGUUACAGCAGCAGCAAUGCUGAUGAGGCCACGGAGUACACAGAGAACAGAGGCUGCCACCCACAGCCUGUACAGCACCGCCAGCCGCCCACUCUGCUGGGUCAGGACUCCUCUGCUGAGCACUGGGGCUGAACAGAAUAUUAAACAAACAGUAACAGAGAACAGAUGUGGACCAUUAACCAUCAAUACAGCCACCCAGGUGCAAAUGAGCUCGUGGCUGCAAGUGCUAGAUAGAACUCCUACGUACACUGGAAGCGAGAAGUUUUCUGAAACAGAGGAGCUGAGAGCAUGCAGUGGUGUGGAUGUGGCCUGA